GAGAGAGAGACGUUUUCUCCUCCUCCUUCCAUUAAUACAAGCAAAUCUCACUCUUAAAAGUCGAUUCAUCUCUUCUGCAACUUUCUCUCCCCUCUGGUUUUCCCUUCUACAAAAUGUUUUACCAGUAAGGAAGAGAAAUCUGAUCGAAAAGCUCGAAACCCAGAUUCUGAUUUGUGUUUGUAAGCGAAAAUUUUGGAUUUGUAAAAAUAAAAAACCCACGAAGAAAAACCCAAAAAAAAAAACAAAACAUAACAGAGUAGAAACCAAACAGACAGCUGUUUCUGUUCUUUUCUCUCUGUUCUUCUGUCUUCUGGGUUUUGGAGAAUCUGAGGAAAAAGGAAAGAAGCGACGUUGGGAAUAAUAAGGCUUCGAUAUCGGAUAAGCACAAGAGUCCCUUGGAGAGGAGAGAGAGAGAGCCAAGGUUUAUCCCUUUUUUUUAGAGAGAGAGAGAGAGAGUCAGAGGAAGAGAUCGAAGAACAGAAUGUGGUGGUGGUCAUCCACAAAAGGCCGAUCGAAUCUGGAGAGAUUUCUCCGAGGAAUCACUCCCAGGCCUCCCUCUUUUUCUCUCCCACCGAGGUGUGUGAGUGAUGUGAAUAGGUUAUGGAAUCAACAAGGGAAAGAGGACGAGUUGGAAUAUUUCAGACUCAGUGAUGUGUGGGAUUGCUACGACGAGUUGAGCGCAUAUGGACUCGGUUCACAUGUGGAGUUAAACAACGGCGAAAGCGUCACUCAAUACUACGUUCCGUACUUGUCCGCCAUCCAAAUCUACACUCGCAAGUCCUCUUCCAUUUCCAGGAACCAUAUGGACACGGUUGAAUCCGAGAGUGAAUGCUGGAGCGAUGAUAGCUGCAGCGAGAAGUUGUCGCGUUCUUUGAGCAACGAUUCAAACAAGACUUGGGAUGCGGUCUCGGAAGAUUCGUGCUUUGAUCACGUUCAUGAUACAGCUUCCCUGAUGCGAGAUAGGCUCGGAUACCUCGAGUUUAGUUACUUCGAGACAGCUCCUCCUCAUCUUCGUGUUCCUUUUACAGACAAGAUAAAUCAGCUGGCGGAGAAGUGCCCGGGACUUUUAUCUCUCAGGAGUAUCGAUAUCUCACCCGCAAGUUGGAUGGCGGUUGCGUGGUACCCGAUAUACCACAUUCCCUCCCGCAAGAACGAGAAAGACUUAUCUGCUUGCUUUCUAAGUUAUCAUACACUUUCCUCGUCUUUCCAAGGUACUUUCACGGCAUAUAACCCGCAAUUUCACGCAAUAGACUUAAUGUUUGGUGUUUCUUUUCGCUCGUGGCAAUACUACUGCGCAGAUAAUCUAAUUGAGGCAGAGGAUGACAAGACAGAGGAAGGGACAAGCUGUUGUCUCGACGAGUCUACGGGCAAGAGGAUUCCGCUCGCUCCCUUCGGGUUAUCGACGUACAAAAUGCAGCAAGGAGGAGAGCUUUGGGCGAAACCCGGAACUUACGACCACGAAAGGUUGCUCUACCUAAACAGUGCGGCGGAUUCCUGGCUGAAACAGCUCAACGUUUAUCACCAUGACUAUAGCUUCUUCACUGUUAACUCGGUCUCGUAGAGGCCGACGUCGGUUUUGUUUUUUCGUCUCUGUGGCUCGUUGUGUUGUUUUAGGUAGCAACCGCCAUUGCGCAGUUUUUCCAUCUCUGAGCUUGAAGCCAUGGAAGAAGGAGCAAGAGGAGGAGCUUUCUUGGUUAGAGACAAUGUCAAUGGAGUUUUUGUUUUUUGGAUUUCUGUUUUUAUUUUUUUAUGUUUGUACCGAUCACUAACUUGACGAACUCUUGUUUUUGGUACUCCGUUGUCUGAAUAUAAGAGUUUUGUAAAUUCGGUUCUGACU